CUUAUCAAUUCACCGUUGACGAAGGCCUACCAUUAGCAGCUGAUAACUGAAACUGAAGCUCCACCGAAAUGGCAUUCCCCAAUUUAUUCACCAUUCUAAUGCCUCAUCUCCUUCUGAUCAUCAUCUUCAUCAUCUCCACAGCUUCCCCACCAUCACUUGCAUCCCGCUUCUCCAAUUUCCCCUUGUCCAAACGAGCCCCACGCUUCCUUGGCAAAUUCUCACACCAGAUCAAACCCCUGCAGCAGCGAGAGUACCGAUACGAGACCCGAUACUUUUAUCAGAGACUCGACCACUUCAGCUUCUCGGAACUCCCGAGUUUCCCCCAACGCUACCUGAUAAACACUGAGCACUGGGUGGGUCCCGACCGUUUGGGUCCUAUCUUCCUCUACUGCGGGAAUGAAGGCGACAUCGAAUGGUUCGCACUCAACACUGGCUUUGUCUGGGAUAUCGCGCCCCGUUUCGGCGCCAUGGUCGUUUUCCCUGAGCAUCGGUAUUAUGGAGAGUCAAUGCCAUUUGGGAGCAGGGACGUGGCGUAUAAGAACGCAACUACACUAUCGUAUCUAACGGCGGAGCAAGCGCUGGCUGAUUUCGCGGUGCUGAUUACGGACUUGAAGAGAAACUUAUCGGCGGAGGGUUGUCCUGUGGUGUUAUUCGGUGGAUCGUACGGUGGAAUGCUAGCGGCGUGGAUGAGGCUGAAGUAUCCUCAUAUAGCGAUCGGUGCACUUGCUUCAUCUGCGCCGAUUCUUCAAUUUGAAGAUAUUGUGCCACCGGAAACUUUUUAUAACAUCGUCUCCAACGAUUUCAAGCGUGAAAGCACCAGUUGCUUUAACACUGUAAAAGAGUCAUGGGAAGCAUUAGUAUCUGAGGGUCAGAAAGAGAAUGGACUUGUGCAAUUAACCAAAACUUUUCGCCUGUGUCGGGAAUUAAAUAGAACGGAAGAGCUUGCAGAAUGGCUGGACUCUGCUUAUAGUUAUUUGGCAAUGGUGGACUAUCCCUAUCCUUCCGCAUUUAUGAUGCCUCUGCCCGGACACCCCAUAAGAGAGGUUUGCAAAAAAAUUGAUGGUUGUCCUGAUGGGACUAGCAUUCUGGAGCGCAUUUUUGAAGGAGUAAGCAUCUAUUACAAUUAUAGUGGGAAUGUUGACUGCUUUGAACUGGAUGAUGAUCCUCAUGGCUUGGAUGGUUGGAAUUGGCAGGCUUGUACUGAGAUGGUGAUGCCAAUGGCUAGCAGCAAGGACGCAAGCAUGUUUCCAACUUAUAAUUUUAAUUAUACUUCUUUCAAGGAAGAAUGCUGGAAGGAAUUCAGGGUUGUGCCUAGGCCUAGAUGGAUAACAACUGAAUUUGGUGGACAUGAUAUCAAGACUGUGCUGGAAAAAUUUGGAAGCAACAUCAUUUUCUCUAAUGGUCUACUGGAUCCUUGGAGUGGUGGGAGUGUUCUGCAGAAUUUAUCAGAAACUGUUGUUGCCCUUGUUACAGAAGAAGGGGCUCAUCACAUAGACUUGCGUCCUUCAACACCUGAGGAUCCUGAUUGGUUGGUAGAGCAGAGGACAACUGAAAUCAAGCUGAUUGAAGGAUGGAUAAAUGGCUACAAUCAGAAAAAGAAAACAACUUUCAACAUGUAGGGGGUUAAAAACUGCUCUAGUAGAUCCUUGCUUGAACAUAUCUGAAGCCUUUUUUUUCUCUGGUUUUCUCGCUGGAAUAACGAAACAAAAAUAUGUUGAAAACUUUGGUUCCGCUUACCUGGUCUGUACGCAUUGCUGCAUAAAAUCAUAAGUUUGUUUUUCUGGCUACAGAAAAUUAGAGUUAUCUAUUGAUUUCUAUCUGCAAUCAUAGGGCAGUUAAGUUUAACUGCUAUUUGCAGAGAGCUCGUUAAAACA